GAAACGAGCAAAAAAAUGAAUUUAUCAUUUGCAAAAUUAAAAUUUAGAGUUUCUAUAUUUUCAAUUAUGGGAAUAAUAUUAUUUUCGUGUUUGCAAGCACAAAUUUCUGCUGAUGAGAAGCGCAAAUAAAUGUAUUUUUCUCUUGUUUAGUGAAAUUUUGUUUAGUGCAUGAGGAAAGUAGUAAAAAGCUUAUUUCCUUUACGUGUCCAAAUCUAGUCAAAUCUAAAAGCAAUGUGGAAUGUGUAAUUUUGACUGAUAAAAUAUCAUGUCUGAAGCUUCUAAUAAAUAAUCAAGCAGAUUUCAUGACUGCAGAACCGGAAGAUCUCAGAAUUAUUGGAAUGACCGAUGAUUAUAAUGACAAAAUUUUUGUAACACACGAAUUACGAAUAUGGGAAAAUGAACGUUCUAGUUAUCAAAUGGUUACUGUAAUUCGUGAAUCUGUACAUGAUGUAUGGCACAUUGCAAAAAGACGUUUUUGUGCUUCUGGAUUGGAAUCAAAUUUUUUUGCUCUUGAUUAUCUAAAAUAUUUUGAAUAUCAACUUGUCAUUCCACGUUGUAAUUCGUCGAAAAGUUUAUUAGAAAACAGAUUGACAGCUCUAUCUCAAUUUUUCGAGUCAGUCUGCAUCAGUGGUCAAUGGACAGUUGAUCAAGAAUAUGACAGUCAAUUAAAGAGAAAAUAUCCUAAUCUAUACUCUCAAUGUGGAAAUUAUUUAGGAUACUUUGGAAAAGAAGGUGUUUUAAUGUGUUUAACAGAUGGAGGGGGAGAAAUUGCCUGGUCCAGAUUAGAUUAUGUUCAUCGACACUUUAAUGAAUUGUCUGAUAAUGCGAACAAAUAUUAUUUUCUCUGCCUAGACGGUUCGUUGAAAAAUUUAACAGAUUCUCGUCCUUGCGUAUGGUUCGAAGUACCUUGGAGAACUUUAAUCGCUAGGAAGGAUAUUGCUGAAGAAGUAAAAAAAUUUAUCAAUCGUCAGACAAACGGAGUAGAUGAUUCAUUGUCCCUUCUUCAAGAAGAUAUUCGAAGAGAGCCGGUGGUCGUCGAGUCUUUUAAAACACCAAAAGAUUAUUUGAAGAAAUUAUUUCCUGAUUUUUAUGCCAUUAAAGAUAACGUACAAUGUAAAAACAACAAAAUUUUAAAAUGGUGUGUGAUUACCAAUUUGGAGGUGGAAAAAUGUGAAUGGAUUUCGAAAAUUGCUAACAAUUAUGGAAUUGAACCUAUGAUUAAAUGCGUUCAAAAUAUUAAUCAAGAAAAUUGUAUAAAGUCAGUUAUUAAUAAAAAAGCUGACAUUUUUUCUGUAAAACCACACGAUGAACUAGAAGCUAGAGAAAAGGGUCUAAAACAGAUCGUUCAUAUGAUUUCCAAUGAAAACAUUCAUGAAAAUAAAAUUGUCUCACUAGUUAAGAAAUUCUCAAAUUUUUCUUCUUUGCAUGAUUUGAAAAAUCAUAAAGCUUGUUUUACAAAUUUCAGAGAUAUUGGAUGGAAUACUUUUAUUUUCAUGAUGAAAAAUUUGACUGGCGACAAUAAUUGGUAUUGUAAAGACAAGGAAAUGGUUUCAGAAUUUUUUCGUGAAAUCAGCAUUUCUGAUUUAAAUGGAAAUAAUAAUAAUAGUUUUCCAAAAAAUUUCGUUUCUUAUAUUUCAUACAAAAAUACAGACAAAGCAGCGUUAAAUUGUUUAAAUUUUGAGAAUGGCGAUGUGGCUUUUGUUAAUUUAAGUUCAGUUCUGUAUUAUUUUCCAGGUUCUCUAGAAAAUAUUUACAGACCACUUUGCGAUAAUAAGACUAAAUCUGACUCUGAAAAAGUAGAAAAAUGCUACUUGAGUUGGACAUCUGAGGGAUCAAUGAUGGUCCAUGGGAAAAUUUCUAAAAAGAAGGAAAAUGUAAUUUAUCGAAUGCUUAUUGAUCUUGAUAGAUUAUUAAAAGGAAAUUUGGCAAAUUUAUCUCCUCUAUUGUCUUUAUAUGGUCCAUUUGAUCAACAGAAGAAUGUAAUUUUCCCUGGACGUACGCAGUUCAUAGAAAAAGAAAUUGGAAGACUUCAAAGAAGUUUGAGUUAUCACGAAAUAUUGGAGGAUUUAGUAGCACAGAAGCAAAAAUGCAACAGUGCAAAUUCGAUGAAACAAAAAAUUUAUUUAAUCAGUUUUGCACUUUUUAUUUAUUAUAAGUUGACUUUAAUAUGAAAAUAAAUAUUUUUUUAUUAAAGAAGAAAAUAUAAUAUAAUUUACAGUCA